GCCACUUUCCAGGGCUGCCAGGGCUGCCAGAGUAUUUGGGGUCAAAAGCCCUUGAAUCAGCUGUUUUUGUUUUGAUUGAUUUUAUUUUGAAAACUCUAGUUAAAAAUUAUGCUUUAUCCGAUAGAACACAAAUAUUACUAAUAUAGCACACAAUGCUGAGGUUGUGCCUCCCUAGUCGAGCUGGACAUGUGCGUAAUUUCUCCCACGAAAAACCAAGAAAACCUGAAACGCACUAUGAAGUUUUGAAUAUUCGCAAUGACUGCAGCACCCGAGAGGUCCGUAAUGCCUUUGUCCAGCUCUCCAAAUUGUACCAUCCAGAUGCUAAGAGCAAUGCUGCGUGUCCGGAGAGAACAGCCCGCUUUGUUCAGAUCUCCGAGGCGUACAAGACCCUGAUAAAGCCGCAGCGGAGAAGAGACUACGAUGACAGCCUGCUGUGGCAGCCACCGCGCUCGGAUCGCAGUCCGGUGGGCGAGACGGACAAUCCCGGCCAGGCGUGGGAUGUAAGACCCAACUACGAUCCCAAUCCAGGACCGUAUUAUGGCAUCCGGGGUCUCAAGAGGGUCUCCAACUGGCAGGUAGCUGUGGUUCUGAUGGCUCUUGGUGCCCUAGGGGCACUUUUUGGCUUCACCUCCGUCAGGUCGUCCUUUCACCUGAGCCGCCAGAUCCAGGACGAAAUCUCAGCAGAGGCUAAUUCCCACCAUGCCGCAGUCGUGGCCGAUGCCCAGAAGUACGGCAAUGAGGAGCAAGUGCGUCGCAUGGUGGACCGUAUGUCGCGGAGUCCCUUUAACCAGUCUUCAGCUAAGUGAUCCCAUUUCCACAUUUCCUUUGGUCAAAUUAAACGUGAAAGCAGAUA